CGGCCAAUGAAUGAGAAGAUCCUGUUAGUACAGGUGUUAGUGGGGAUCUUCCUCUAUGUGAACUGUGUCAUGAUCUUCACAUUUUUCAAGAAGGAGGCCUUUCAUAACAAUGUGCGCUACAUCUUCUUUGCGCACAUUCUGUUCUGUGACAGCCUGCUCCUGAUUUUGACAAACAUCCUGCUUCUGUUGAGCCAUUACCACAUUCUGAUGCUUGUUCGGCUGUGUCUGUGCUUCUAUAUGCUGAUGAGCACCCUCAAGUUUUCUACGCCUCUGACCCUGAUGGCCAUGAGCUUGGAGCGCUAUGUGGCUAUCUGCUUACCCCUAAGGCACGCAGAAAUCUCCACCCCGUCUAAAGCCAUACGCUGCAUCCCAGUCAUCCACGCGCUCAGCUCCAUACAGCUCAUCAUUAUCAGUUCUAUCUUCAUCUACAGCGUCCCAUUGAGUUUUUACACAACUGAAAAGCUGUGCAAUGUGGAGUUGAUUAUUGUGCACAAAUGGCAGGGGAAUCUCAGGGCAGCAAUUUCUCAGCUGUACUUUCUGGUCAUGUCCAGUGUCAUUGUCUUCACGUAUGUAAAAAUAAUGGCCGCCGCCAAACUUGCUUCGACGGACAAUAAGAAAUCUGCCACCAAGGGUCUGAGAACAGUCGCCCUUCAUGGAAUUCAGCUGCUGCUUUGUUUGAUUCAGCUGUGGUGCCCGUUCAUAGAGACGGCAAUAAUGGAGACUGAUUAUAAACUGUUCAGAUUACUGAGAUAUUUUAACUAUAUUGCUUUCAUCCUUGCCCCACGAUGUCUCAGUCCACUUGUGUACGGUUUAAGAGAUGAGAAGUUUUUCAUGGUUCUGAAAUAUUAUGCCCUUUGUGGGUUGAAAAAGAAAACAUCUCCAGCCUCUGAUGACCUCUAA